UCACAUUAUUCACACACACCUACACCCACGCUCGACACAUGGAUUAUUUUAUAUUCACAUAAUAACAAUACUGUAUAAACAGUCCAAUAUAAAGAAGACAGCCGAAACGUACUGUGAGAGAUUAAGUUUUAGUGAUUUUUGGGAUAUAGAGAGAGAGAGAGAACAAUGGAGGUAUCGAAAUACAAGGCGGUGUUGGCGUUAGUGUUUUUGCAGUUUACGUCGGCCGGAGUUGCACUCUUCACGAAAGCUGCUUUCACGGAAGGACUCACUCCCACCGUCUUCGUUGUUUACCGUCAAGCCAUCGCCACUGUCGUCAUCUGCCCCAUCUCUUUCUUUUCCGCUUGGAAAAAAGAAAACAAACCAUCUCUGGGACUACGAGGCUUUUGGUGGGUGACUCUCACGGCUGUUUUUGGUGUGACUGUGAACCAGAACGCUUAUUUUAAUGGACUUGACUUGUCUUCUUCAUCCAUGGCUUGCGCCAUGACUAAUCUUAUUCCUGCCGUCACCUUCAUUAUCUCCGUCAUUGUUGGAUACGAGAGUUUGAAGAGGAAAAGUAUGAAAAGUAUUGCAAAAGUAAUAGGAACAGGUGUGUGUGUGGGAGGAGCCAUGACAAUGACUUUUCUAAGAGGUCCAAAAUUGCUCAACGCCGUGCUCAACCAAGACGGCACCACUUGGUUACUCGGCUGCAUACUUCUUGUCAUUAGUACAUUGGCUUGGUCCUUUUGGUUGAUCUUUCAGAUUCCUAUUGCCUCUCACUGUCCUGAUCACUUGUACACUUGCUCCUGCAUAUGUAUCAUGGCUACCAUAUCCUCUUUCCUCGUGGCUCUCGCCUUAGGCAACACUCAUUUAUCACCAUGGAAGCUUGAUUCCACUUUGAAGCUCUCCUGUUGCAUAUACUCUGGCAUCCAUUUGGCGCUAAUGUUCUUUUUACAAGCUUGGGUCGUGACACAGGAAGGACCUCUUUUCUCUGCCCUCUUCAACCCUCUUGCAGCAAUCAUCAGCACUUUCUUCGGGGCUUUGUAUUUCCAAGAACAGACUUACCUCGGGAGCUUGCUAGGCGCUGUGACUGUCAUCCUUGGUCUCUACAUUGUUCUCUGGGGAAAAUCCGAAGACUAUCAAGAAGAAUACAUAGACCUAAAAUUGGAAGAUGGAUACACCACUUCCUCCCAAGCUGACAUUGGUUCCAUUUUGAUUGGUGAUAAGGUCUUCCGUAGUUCAGAGCUCUUAGACGUACCUCUUCUCAUGUGAGUUGUAUAUGAAGUCGGUGUAAAGAGAGUUCUUUAACAAUGGGCAAUAUAGAAUAUGGAACUUCGUUUACAUGCACAAAACAUUUGAAAAAUAUUUAUAUAGAAGUUCUUUUGUAAUUCAUUCAAGUCAUAUAUGUUGUGAAUUUAAGAGAGGAAAUACAUUGCAAUGCAA